AAGAGCCGGCGGCGCGGAGCGAAAGAGUCGCAGCCUCGUUUUUCUCGCAGCUCAGACGUUUGUCGAUCGAUCCGUCGAUCGCGCUGGAACGUUCGAGCGAGCCCCUCGGGCCUUCGCGCGCAAGUCGAACAUUUCUGACGAGAUGGCGAAGGACAGAAAGCACCGCGCCAUCCCGGGAGUCUUGGUGAUUGUGUUGGCGCUUAUAUCGGCGACCGCAGCUGAGUCUCGCAGGAGGGGUCAUCAUCACCAGGAAGUAAAUCACCACCAUCACGAGUACAAUCACCAUCAUAAUGAGAAUGACGAUAAUGAUAAUGAACAAUGGCAGGUUUACAAUCUCGGUUUGAAUGCAAAUUCUGAUGCACUUAUGCGUAUGCAUUCAAAUGCACGUGGAAAUGGAAAUCGAAUGUUUCGAUUGUAUGGUUUUCAAAACGGAGUGGAGGAAUUAUUACUCUAUGGGUCUGAGUUGCGUGCAAAAAUCCUCGAAACUCUUGGUACUCUCGUCUACGAUCAUUAUGAUGAAUUUAGUAUAGAUCAACUGGAGGCAUUAUAUAGAGUCUAUCAUGACACUUUACGGCGAAAGUAUAAUAUUUUUGAAGUUGCUAAGAAACUGAAAUGGCAACGCGAGGUCUUUAACAACAGCGUAAUCUGUAAAACUGUGCUUGAAAAGAUGUGCUCGUGCAUGAAGGACAGUUCGAACGUUUGUACGAAUAUUAAAACACCAAAUUAUCGUAGAAGUAAUCCACGUAAGAUAUCGAAAAAUGCUUUGAAAGUGAGCGAACUCUUUCCAAAAGAUCUAACACUGGCAAAUCUGUUAAAGCAUAUUCAGAAAAAGAAGCUUAAAAUCACUCCACAAUUAAUUUCUGGAUUACUUUUAAAUGUACCAUAUAAUAAUUUUAAUAACGAUGUGCAUAGAGCAGAAAAAAUAUUGGUUUCAUAUUUGAAUUCAUUAAGUAAUAACAAAUAUUAUAAUAGCUUGGAAAACUUGAACAAAUACAGAACUAUCGAUGAUUUCUUAAAGUCAUUCUUAGAGCAGAAAGCCGAACAGUUCCCGGAUCAGGCAAAGAGAGCUGCAUUGUUUUUAGCCGAACAUGUCCAACGAGAUACAAACUCUAUAAGCGAGAAUAUUGAAAACUUUGGCAUAACUUAUGAAAAUAAAACUAUCGACUUGAAAUAUUUAUGCGAGCUUGUGAUACCUAAUGAUCUUGUAGAUUUGGAUAUUAUUGAAUCUAGGGAUUACUUAGAGUCUGAAAUGAAAAGAAAUCAUGUUGUAAAUCGGUACUUAGAACUCGAUAAAUAUGAACAUGCAACCCCCGAUCAAUUAUUAUUAGAAAUUCUCCGUCAAAUGAAGCGAAUAUCAAGAAUAAUAUCAUUCCCUUCGAAUGUCGUGAGGGCUCUAAGCGCACAUGCGGAUUUUUGGAGAAAAGGUCGAAAUAUUGACAAUGUUGCCGACUUUAUAAAUCUAUUUAAGGCGUAUGAUAAUUUAAUCGAUAAUCCGAAGUUCAAAAGGUUUUUCCAAUUAGCAACAACGAUUCAAAAUAAGCUUAGGAACGAAGAAAAUAUUCAUCUUGAAUUAACGUGUACAAUGCCGAGACCUUGCCUCCAUCGAGUCCUCUUAAAGAUUAUAGAGUGCGAUAUAAUUGACGAUGAGACGAAAGCCGAGAUCUUAGAAUUUAUGAAACUACUCGAUCAAAAUGGCAGACCCUUACUAGUGGAAAAUCCAUUGAAUAAAAUUACUACGUCCAGUGGAAUAACAAAAUUACUAGAAUUUAGAACAACUAGACCCACUGAAAUCACAUUCGUUUCUUCUCGGCAACCUUCGAAGAACGAUGGUUACUUGGUGCACGGAGAAUUAAAGCCGAAGCCUAAGAAACAUAACCUAUCAACCAAUACAGAAGUGAAUUUCGACGAGAGGGAAUUAGGAACAACGCCGAAUAGUUCUGGUGAAGAAAAUACUACUCCAAAAUUCUUUCGUCAUCUAUCAACAAAUGCAAUUUCAACCGAAUAUCCUGUCGCUUAUAAUAAAUUUUCUACCAAUAUAUAUUCUAAUAUUCCAGAAAAUAAAGAGCCAUCGCUAGACGAUCAAGGCGAUGUCGAUUCUUCAACGGACAAUAUGAUUUUUAAACUCACGCCAAAUAGUGCGUCUACAUUAAAUCCAAAAAUAAAAUCAAAAGAUAAGCACCCAAGAGGAAAGCCUAUAGGACCUAAUAAAAUAUUGAAAUUGCGACCUUCGGGCAAGAGCAGUACAAUUAUACCAAACCCAGAUUCCAGCGAUUCUCAAGAGUAUUCGGAAGAAGGUACGACAGUGUAUCCUGGAAAUGAUAUUGACGGAGAGACUAUUGUAACUAUCGCAACCGAAAAUCCAAGUGAGUUUUCAUAUGAGACUACUACAAAUUUAAUAACAACAGUUACAGAACCAAUAGAUGUAUCGGCAGAAUAUACACCGAUUAAUAAUGACUCGCGCGAGACCAUAAUAGACGAUAAUGCUUCAAAUAUGUCAAUAGAAGAAAGUACAACGAAUUAUUCAAUGGAAGGUACGAGUACCGAGGCAUCAAGUACUACAAUUAGACUUGAGAAAAAUGCAAUUUUCCCAGUUGGUCCUUUUGAAGGUGACAUAUCCACUACAACAGAUUCUAGUAUCUGCGAUGAUAGCGAUAGUUGUGCUACAGAAUCCUGCGAAGGCGAUAAUUGUACCGAAGAUAAGGAAGUAACUACACCUAAUGCCUUAAGCGAAGAGUGCAACGACAUGAGUUGCGAGCAAAGUAGCGAAACACCUUGUGUAGGUCCGAAUUGUUCGGUAACGUCUCAAUCCGCAGAAUGUCAAGGCUCCGAUGAAAAAUGUAACGCAGAAAAUUGCUUAGAUUCAAGCUGCAGUACUCCAAUUACUACUUCAGAACCUACUGUGGCACCCACUAUCGUACCAACUUCAGAAUUCACUGCAGUACCUACUCUACUACCUAUAACACUACAUCCAAUAGUAUCUACUGUAGUAUCGACUGUACCCACAAGCACGAUCAAUCCAACAACUACCACUUAUGCACCCACCACUACCGAUGCACUUGACAUAACUACGGAGAGCUGUGGCGAUUCGGAGUGUUCAACAUCGGAAAAUUGUGAUAAAGGAUCCUGUUCCAACGAAGAAAAUUGCAAUUCUGAAAAUUGUGCCGAAUCAACUGAAAAAUGUGAAGGAUCCGAUUGCUCUGACAGCUCGAGUAAUUGUAAAGAUAGUAACGAUGAAGAUUGCAAUAAUACAACGUCAAAGCCUGAAAAUGAAACCGUAGAGCACAAUUUAAUCGGCAAGAGUGUAAUCUGUGAUUCUGAAGACUGUUCUGAAAAAUCUAGCCCAUCAUGUCAAGGGCCGAAUUGUAGUUCAGCGGAAUUAAAUGAUUCGAGUAAGCCUUGUCAUGGUACAGAUUGUCCAACAAAAACUCAGGAUUGCGAUGGAAAAGAUUGUCCCGAUUCAUCUGAAAAUGAUUCUGAUCCGACAACUCCGAAUACCGGAGACAAUGUCACAAAGACGCAUUUCGAUAAAACAAUAACUGAGAAACCCAGGUCCAACCUAUGUAUUUCUAAAGAUCCACAUCGUAAACGCAAGGCUGAGCAUUUGCAAAAGAUAAGGAAACUAACUGCUUUGCUUGCUGACAAACCAAAUAGACAAGGAGCCCUAUUAGACAGCAAUGAAUAUCCCUCGAAUAAUCUGAAUGCAUUCAGAUUUCCAAAAUACAACGGGAAUAUUAGCGGGCGCGUUAAAACGUUAAUUCAAAAAUUAAAGACGGGCAAAUCGUUUAAAAAACUACAGGAUUCGUUUAAAAACACGCAGGCUAACGCGUACAGCAAUAGCAUGAAUAUUCCUGAAAAUAUGAAUAAUCAGAAUAGAAGAAAGCUUGUGGUGAAAAAUAGUAUACUCUCUCAACAAAAUAGUCAACAUCAUCGUGAGGUAACCGAGAAGAGAAUAAUUCAAAAACAACUGAAAGAAUCUUCAAAGAAUACAAGAGCUAUAAAGAUAAACAACAGAGUAGAAAUGCGUAGGAAACUUCCCAUAAAGCUUAGAGCUUACGAUCCUAACAUGAUCCUUCAAUCAAAGCGAAAUAAUCCAAAUAAAAAUUAA